AUGUCCGGUAUCUGGCAUGCUGCUGCUUCAAUUGCGAAGCGAAUCAAUAUCCCGAUCAUUGCAUCCAAUUCUCCGGCAGACAUCGCUGAACAACAACGAGACCCGUGGAACCAGUCCGACAAAUAUGCGUUGGGAUGGGUCUUCUUCUCCGUGAUCCUACUGGCCAUCACUACGGUCAUUCGGUUCUACCAUGUAUGGGGCGACAAGAUACGGAUCGCACUAUACAAGGAGGAUGCUCCUGCGGCUUCUCCGUACGUCGGGUCUCCUCAGGACGAAUAUGAGCUUCCUAGUGCAGCUACGGACAGUUCAACUACUCAGUUCUUCCCUGCUCAUGGUCCUCUGCCGAGCAACAACAACACCAACGCGAAACAACAGUCGUCAGUGUCUACAAUUGCACCGAUCAACAAUACCAUCGCAUUUGUACGCUGGAUCUUCUAUCGACCACUUCCGGUGAUAGAAGUAUGGAAGUUCCGCGUCGUGCUUCCGUCAUUGGGGGCCUCCGCUGUUGUCCUUGCAGCCUUGAUCUUUGUUACUCUCUAUUCCUUCCUCCCUCAACCGCUUUAUUUUUCGUCCAUUGCUCUGGGAUCUCCUCCUUUGGCCAUCCGUGCUGGGAUGAUUGCCGUGGCCAUGAUCCCCUGGAUAAUUGCACUCAGCACCCGAGCUAAUUUCAUCACCAUGAUGACCGGCAUCGGCCACGAGAGACUAAAUGUCCUUCAUCGAUGGGCAGGCUAUCUGUGCCUGUUCCUAAGCCUAAUCCAUAUGAUUCCAUUCUAUGUCACGCCUAUCUGGGAAAGCGAGUCCUUUGUGUACUACGAGCAGGUUCUUCCGAAUCACAUCUACGUUUACGGAACCGGAUUUGCGGCAUUUGUUCCUCUAGCUUUCUUAUGCCUGCAUUCUUUACCCAUACUACGAUCCUGGAUGUAUGAGCUAUUCGUGGCAGUGCACAUGCCAGCAUCUAUUGUCUUCCUCGCCAUGCUCUUCUGGCACUGCAAGAACUUCUUGACGUCAUGGGACUAUUUAUGGGCCACUGUUGCCAUCUGGGUGAUGUCUUUCAUUGUUCGACUGUUCUACCUCAACUGGACCAAUCCAUUCCGGCUAUCAUUCAUGAUUGGAGAGGAGUCUGCAAUAACCAUCCUUCCCCAGAACACAGUCAAAGUGACAGUCGCAACCCGAAUGCGAUGGAAACCGGGCCAAUAUGUCUACCUGCGCAUGCCCGGUAUCUCGCUUUUCGGGCGCCACCCAUUCACCAUCGCCUCUUUGUGCAGCGACGACUUUCCCUCCGAGUAUGGCGAGAAUUAUCGGGACUUGGCCCUCGUCUUUCGUCCUUUCGGCGGCUUCACUCGCCAGGUCUUCCUCAAGGCCUUCGAGUAUGGUCCGUAUAAAACAUGGACCGCCUUCCUAGAGGGUCCCUAUGGCGGCAUGCGUCGUGAAAUGGCCGCGUUCGACGACGUGGUCUUCUUCGCUGGCGGAAGCGGUAUCACCGCAAUUGCCAGCCAACUCCUCUAUCUGAUCAAGAAGAUGCGGGACCGCAAAGCAGUCACCAAAUCUAUCCGAGUGAUCUGGGCAUUCAGAAACCCCGAGUCAAUCGAAUGGUUCAAAGAAGAGCUUCGUAUCUGCCGAGAUUUCGCACCUCCCAACUCCGUCCACUUCCAUUUCUUCCUCACCGGCUCCCCACAAUACACCGUUGAUGGCCGGCUGUCCGAGGACAUCGUGCAGGAGAAAAUCUACAACACCUUGCAGGUGUUUGACAAGCGCAACUCCGCGUUCAUUCGCGAAGAAGCUGCCGGCGACCCGGAAGUCGAAAAGGAGCUUCGUCGCGAGAAUGAAGACGCUAUCACUGCGCUGCCGCCCGUGCACACCCUCCCUCACAUCAACACCAGCAGACAUUACAGCCCCAUGGUGAAUAAUCACCAGUUUCCCUCUCCUUACACAGGAACGUCAGAUAGCAAUGAGAGUCUGCCAUUCGAUUUCGGCUUCUCUCACUCCCCGGCUGUGUCUACGCGGUCACUUCCGCGCUAUGCCACCUUGCCGCAGCAGAGACGCAACGGCUGGCGCAUCGAUUACGUGCGUCCGGAUAUCCCACGCCUGCUGACCGAAUAUUCGCGGGGUUUCGGUCGCCGAGCCUGUGUUUUCGUCUGCGGGCCCCCGAGCAUGAGAGUUGAAGUUUCGCAUACGACAGCGCGACUUCAGCAACAGGUUAUGAAUGACUCGUCGAAGGACGAGAUCUUUCUUCAUGCGGAGAACUACAGUAUCUGA